AUGAUCGAUAAUGUAGCGUUGUUGAUCACAGGCACUCUCCAUGAACGAGACACACGGGAGCUUUUGGAACGAUGUCAUCCGCUAGGAGUCUUUGAGACCAUGCCUGUCCUUUGCGUUGCCACGAAUGUUGAAGAGCUCUACAAUUCCGUCCUCGUGGAGACCCCCCUAGCGCCAUACUUUAAGAACACCUUAUCGAGUGCAGAUCUAGACGAGCUCAACAUCGAGAUUAUCCGCAAUACUCUCUAUAAGAGUUACUUAGAAGACUUUCACAAUUUCUGCAUAACCACACCCGGCCUAGCUGGAACCCCUACAGCUGAGCUCAUGAGCGAAGUCCUGAGCUUUGAAGCUGACCGCAGAGCUAUCAAUAUCACCAUCAAUUCCUUUGGAACCGAACUGAGUAAGCAAGAUAGGAAAAAGCUUUACCCGAGCUUCGGAAAGCUUUACCCUGAGGGUAGCUACAUGCUCAGCAAGGCAGACGAUGUUGAGGGUGUGAGAGCCGCAGUUGAAGGUGUCAGUGAAUAUAAGGCUUUCUUUGAGCAAGGGAUGGGGCAAGGUGCUGGCAGUGGUCAUCCAAAAAGUUUAGAGGACUUGUUCUACCAGAAAGAGAUGGAGAUUUCCAAGAUGGCUUUUACCCAGCAGUUCACCUACGGCGUUGUUUUUUCUUGGGUCAAAUUGAGAGAGCAGGAAAUAAGAAACAUCACCUGGAUCGCUGAGUGUAUAGCUCAGAACCAGAAGGAGAGGAUUGGUAAUUACAUAAGUGUUUUUUAAAUGUUGGUAAUGCGUGCUAUUGGGGUACCGAAUAAUCACCUCACCUAGUCUCUUUUUAUGUAUUGUUUCUGGUUGUUUUGGUCAAUGUAGUAUUACCCGAUUCCUACGGUGUUAUUUCCUUUUCAUCCUCAACGGUGCUGGAGGUUAAUGCCCAUCACCUAGCAAUAUCGUCGAGGCUCAUUUGACGCUUUUAGAACACCGCAAGAUGACUUUCCUGCAGGCCGGGCCCCACUAAACACCAAUUAUAAAUAUCUAGGGUAUUAUAUCCUGGAUACCAUAAUUUAAGCUUU